ACCUGAUAUAACUUCUGAUAACAGAUACUGAUUACUGACUUUGACAACCUGACGGUCUUGUAUUUACUAUUUAGUAUUUUGGUUUUCAUUUUGAAUCCCAUUUGGCAAUUUUUGCAUUUGCCGUUUAUUCGAUCAAUUACAUAUACGUACUCCCUUAAUCAUGUUUUUGAACAAAAUAUCCAAGUGCCUGACGACCAAGGCUAACAGCGUCCCUUGUCUUUUUUAUCAUAAAAAUGUGAUUGAUCAUUAUGAAAAUCCCCGUAAUGUCGGAUCGUUGAAUAAAAAUGACAAGAAUGUUGGAACUGGAUUGGUCGGUGCACCUGCAUGUGGUGAUGUUAUGAAAUUACAAAUUAAAGUUGACGAUAAUGGUAGAAUUGUUGAUGCCAAAUUUAAAACUUUUGGCUGUGGAUCUGCUAUUGCUUCUAGUUCACUAGCUACAGAAUGGGUUAUGGGAAAAACUGUUGAUGAAGCACUUUCCUUAAAAAAUACAGAAAUUGCUAAAGAACUUUCUUUGCCUCCUGUGAAGCUUCAUUGUUCAAUGUUAGCUGAGGAUGCUAUUAAGGCAGCAUUAUCAGAUUAUCGUAUUAAACAACAAGAGAAGAAAAAAACAGAUCAGGAAUAAUUAAAGUGUUAAAUUAGUAAUACUACUGCAUAUAAUAAUUAUACAUUAUUAAUGUAAUGCAAAGUUGUAUUUGUUACCCUUGAAAUAAUCAUAAAUUUCUUUUAAAUUGCACAUAAAAUAAAUUGUUAAUUAUUAUAUUUA